CGCACGCGCGUGGGGUAGCGAUGCCCGCGGGUGGAGGUUUAGGUGGCCUCCGCCGCCGCCGCAGGAGCGCGCCGCGGCGUGACGCCGACGCCGACGCCGACGCGCAGAGCAAGAUGCGGACCGAGAAGCAUGGGCGGCGCCGACGACGACGCCAUGACGUACGGCGUGUGAGCCCACAACGAUCGAACCUGUACUGUGACACGGCGGAUGGUGUACUCCCUAGUCCAUCCUUCCCCUAAAAAGUCAAGCUAGGAUAAGAUGAGAUGUUUCCUAACACAAUAAACCCGGACAAAAACUCGUACUCCCAGAUUCAUCUCAUAUUAUUAACCGGAAGGAGUAUAUCUAUUUUUUUUUCCUUUCACGCGUGAUGGCGUCGCAGGUCUUGUCCUCUUUGCCGUACUCCCUCGCCGUCACGCGCUUUGGCACUGCGCCGCCGCCACGGCGAGCCGCCGCGCGGGUCAGCCUCCGCCGCCAGCAAACGUCCCGCGACGGCGCCCUCCUCCUUCGCUCCCUGACGACGACGCGCUCGCGGUGCGCUCCGGCGGCAGAAGGAGGCGGCGGCGCCAAGGAGGCGGCGGAGGCAGCUGGCGACCCCGACGACGAGCUGUGGCCGUGGGACGAGUUCCCCGAGGACGCCGUGUUCGUGAAGGACGACUUCGCCACCGUCCAAGCCAAGUUCUCGUGCGAGUCGGGGGAGGCCGCGGCCGCGCUCAAGGACGCCGCCGCCGACGUGCUCCGCCCGUUGCUGGACAACUUCAACCAUCUCCGCUCCCUCAACACCGUCUUCGACACCGAGGAUUACCAUGUCGGCAUGCCCUUUGGUAUGCUCAUUGCAUGCAUUGGGUGUUAUAACCUCUUCAAGAUGAAUCCAACCACGUUCAUAGACGCGGCCCUCGGUUACACGUUCUACAGGCUCUGCAUCGUGUCGUCGCAGCUCCGGAGAAGAGGCUUUUCCAACGACCUCAUCAUCCGGGUUAAAUUUGUCGUCAUGUUGGUUAUGGCUAUCAAUGAUAUCAACAACUGCAUUUAUUGGCUUGAUGCUAUCAGGUGACAACUUAUUUAAUGCUAUGGACACUAUCCUAGUCAUUGGGUUGGAAAUGCCCUUAAGAAGUGUGUGAAGUAUCUUUUGGCCUCAGUUGCCCUCUUGGGUAAGUCAUGAAAAAGGAAGACGCGAGCUGCGCAAGCUGCUGCCCAAGUUUGAACUUGCACCUGUGUCUGAGAGGCUAUCAAAAUGGUAAUAAUUAAUACUUCAUCCGUUUCAUAUUAUAAGACUUUCUAGUAUUGUCCAUAUUUAUUAUAUGUAUAUUAAUGAAUCUAGACAUAUAUAUGUGCAUAUAUUUAUUAACAUUUAUAUGAAUAUAUGUAAUGCUAGAAAGUCUUAUAAUCUGAAAUGAAGGUGGUAGAUCGAUGUGUAUUCAUGGAUGGCCAGGCUAUACUACAUAAUUGGCUGAGGAAAUUUUGUUCUGCCCUACUUGGCACACUUUGAGAGAUGGUUAUUUGGUUAAUCAAUUACUUUGCGUUUCAGAA